CUGCCUGUAUCCUCUCAAAUCAAACAAGAGGCGUAGGGAACUGACACAUCCGUCUCACGUAUCGCCAUCAUGUUGUUCUUGUCCACCCUGCGCGCGAGCAGCCUGCUCCUGCUGCUGUCCGUGCAUGGCAUCACGCCCACGGCCGCCCAUCAGCAGCAGCAGCAGCAGCAGCAGCAGCAGCAGAUCCUCAGGCCGCCGCCGCCGCCGUCUCCCCAUCAUGCCCAUGCCGUCGACCCAGCCAUACUCCGCGCCAUCGAGGCGCACGCCGACCCCGUCGACGCGCUCCUGUCCCUGCAGCCGGGCCUCGCCGCCGAGAUGGCCUCGCCGCGCCUCCUGCACGUCUCGGGCGACGCGGCGCCGCGCUGGAUGACCGAGGGCGACAAGCUCCGCCUGCGCCGCCGGCGCCGCAAGUUUUCCGACGUGACGGACCACGAGGACGUCUAUCGCGCGAUGAAGGCGGAGGGAGGGGGUGAGGCGGUCGCCCUGGCGGGAAAAGCACACGUCCCUGAGCUGGUGAACCAGCGCCUCGUCAAGCCGCUCAUCGAGCAGGUCUCGGUAGAGGAGAUGCGCCGGGCGCUGGAGCACCUGACGAGCUAUUACACGCGGUACUUUGGUAGCACGACAGGCGAGCAGAGCGCGCAAUGGAUUCACGACCAGGUCGCCGAGAUCAUCCGCACCGCGCCCUUCCACACGCACAUUUCGCUCGAGUACUUCCCGCACCGGUUCCCGCAGCCGAGCAUCAUCGCGCGCUUCGAGCCGCGGCGGGGGCGCAACGCCUCGCAGCCGCUGACGGUGGUGGGCGCGCACCAGGACUCGAUGAACUACCUGUUCCCGCUGCUGCCGGCCCCGGGGGCCGACGACGACGGCUCCGGCACCGUCGCCGUGCUCGAGGCCCUGCGCGUGCUCGCCCGCAGCGGCUACACGCCCCGCGACGGGCCCGUCGAGUUCCACUGGUACGCCGCCGAGGAGGGCGGCAACCUCGGCAGCCAGGCCGUGGCCCGGUACAAGAGGGAGUCGGGGGCGCGCAUCGGCGCCAUGCUCGAGUUUGUGAGUACGACCUAGUGCUGCCCAGAUGGUAUGUUACCUUGGGUUGGUAGGGCGGAAGGGGGAACAAACAAGUGUGACCCCUGCGAGCGCGUGCGAGAGAGAGAGAGAGAGAGAGAGAGAGAGAGACGUUGCUGCCGAUGCUCAGGCGUGGCUGGCAAAGGUGCUUGCUUGCUUGGUUCUAACCACCCUCCCCCGAGCAGGACAUGGUUGCCUUUGUCGCGCGCAACUCGACAGAAUCGAUCGGCCUCGUCGAGACCAUGGCCGACGGCCCGUUGACCAACUGGACGCUGAACCUGGCCAGGGAGUAUACCUCUCUGCCCGCCCACGCGUACACGCUCCCCGCGUGAGUCUCCAUCUUCAGUCUUUUCUCUUCUUCCUCUUUUGCCCCGCCUGCUUCAGCUUCCAUCCGUCCAGGCACUCUCUCUCUCUCUUCUCUCCCUCCCCCCCGCUCGUGAGGAGCACUCACCAGACGAGAAGAGAGGGGUGUGAAGAGACUCCUUUCCCCCUCAAACACAUGUGCCAGAGCUGACAACAAGGCAUCUAUGCGAAAAUAUCAAACAGCAACGCCGGCUCCGACUACAUGUCCUUCACCAAGUUCGGCUACCCGGCGGCCUUUGCCACCGAGGGCAACCCCCUGGGAUCCAUCGGGCGCCUCCCGGGCGACUACGACCCGUACGUGCACGGCGUGGGGGACACGCUCGACGUCGACGACGAGACGGGCGUCUUUUCCUUUGAG